ACACUGUUCCUUUCUUCCUUCCAAGAAGAGUUAUUUAUUAGUAAUUCACGUGAAGAACAUUGUUCUCUUCAGGUUUAUUGUGUUGGUAACUGGUUAGAGCAACUUGAAAACAUGAAGCUUUCUUGCCUCUUUGCUUUGCUCUUGGUGGUUGGAGCAACCGUGAUGUUCCUUAACAUCUUUAGUCCUACCAGGGCCUCCGAUUUGAUUGAAACCAACAGUGGAGAUAAAGCCACACGGAUUGCAGCAGUAAGCAGGAAACUGAAGGAAAAUGGGAAUAGUAACAACAUUGGUGAUAUGGGUGAAGUGAGUCUGACUGAUUAUGAUGUUGAUCCAGUGCCAACUUCAUCAAAGUUCUUGGAACCUGGACCUAUUCAACAUGGAAGCCCUCUGAAUCCUUACAUUCCAAAACCUCCACCUCCUGGAGAUUAUGACUAACUUUCUACUCUCUUGAACCAUGUUAUGUUAAGUAGAUAUUAUGCUCAGAAGAGAAAGCUAUUAACACUCUUUUAACAUAUUUCUUUUGAUGAAAAUAAGAAAUUGUUCAAAGUUAUGUGUUGGUAUAUCAUUUCUCAUGCUGAAAAUAAAAAUGGAGGACUUGUUCUUUUACCAGUAUAUUUUGUGCCUUUCAUCAUCUAUGUAGUUAUCAAUGGACAUACUAGGAUCAUGAUUCCUACUUUUGUUGUUCAGUGUUUGUGCAACUCAGAAUUUUUAUGUUCCUUA